GUUGUAAACAGCAUCUCAGUCAAAAGUUUGCCAACUCGAGAUGGGUUUAGUUGCUUAUGGAAUUUUUCUUAUAACUCUUGCGUUAGCUGUGGCUAAGACACUCGAUGAUUGCAUUGUGCCCAUCGGCUCCAUACACUACAAUCGCAUUCAAUGGCCAUUGAUCUACAAACCCAACGGCGAGUUGUAUCCCACGCAAGUGGAUGCAGAUCAACAAUACGCAAGUGUGCAUUUACCCGCUGGCGCAGAGGCCAUACUCUCAUGCGGACCUAAUUAUCUGAAAAACUAUAACCGCGCAGAGGUUUUGAAUGUGAAAUGUGAAAGCGGCGGCAAGUUUAGUGCAUUGAGUGGCGGCGUAUCGGACGCGAAGAAGGGGCCGAAGGCGGUGGAUCAGUUUGGUUGCGAUUUGCGUGUUGUCGAAGAGGUGCUAAGCAAUGUGAAUGGUUGCACCAAUCAGGCAUGGACAGCGGUGGCAUUUGGCUACGUCAAUCCACAGGAUCAUUUGACGCGCAUAAUUGGCGAGGCAUGCUACGAUGAAAGCGAGGGGCGUACAAUAUUUGCGCAUGUUAAGCUGAGUGACACGGAUUCCGUUUACCAGCAACAACUGCCCAAAGACUUUCUAACCAAACGCCGUCAUCCCGAUGGACGCUACAAAAGUGAGCUCUUCCGUGGCUUACACUUCGAUGAGAUCUAUGAGCGUAUACGCCAAGCGCUACAUUUGAAACGGGCGCCAUUCCUACAUAAAGCCAACUAUGUGGAUGAGUUCUUGCUGAGCAGUACACAAUUUCACGCAGUGAAGAAACUGGGUUGGAAUUAUUUUGUUGCACAUGACGAUCUUACGGCAUGGACGACGCUCAAGGAAGAUAUACUUGCACAUCAUCGCGCAACUAAAAAUGCAGCAUUGGAUAUUUAUGUGGGUAGUCAUGGCAUUCAAGUGCUGCAUGGUGCUAAUGGUGAGCAGCUGGAGCUCUAUCUACAACCGGCAGCGGGUGAACAUGGAAAAUUCCCAGUGCCCGAACUGUUGUGGGUCGUCGUGAAGCAAGACGAUAAGGCAACGGCUUUUGGUGUAUACAACGAUGCUAGUGCGAAUGCGGUGGAGAGUAGUGCGACAGCUUCGAGACAUGCACCGAUUUGUGAGAGCAAAUGCGCUGAGAUCAGUUGGCUUUCGGAAACAUUGAAAAGGGGAGGUGUGGUUUGUUGUAGUGUAUCGGAAUUUAGAAAAGUGGUAAAAGAGGUGCCUGCUGUCGCAGAGGCAUAGCGAUUUACGAAAGUUAGUACAGGUGCUGGUAUUUGAAUCUGUUUGCUCGGAAAGUGUCUGAAUAAAAAGAGUUUGCAUUGGAAAUAAAUGAAGUUUGUGAAGAAGAAGAA